AUGUCAAGUGACCGAGCCGCUAUGCCUUUGAACUUGGAUGAUUUUUCGGCUUGGAUAGAAACAGAAGGAGUUCCAACCCAAGAAUACAACGUAGAGAUCACGUCAGAUGCAGAGGGCCCAGUCGUUACAUGUUGGAUCGCGUCGGAGGAGGCGAAGACAUUCAGCGUAAACCUUAAGGAUGCCUCCUCUGCAUCCACAUGCUGGACGUUGAAAGCAGAUGGUGUGAAGAUGAAAAAGUUCUAUACAAAACCUGCGAAAAAGGGACGUCCAUCUGAGACCACGCAUGACGACGCGUAUAUGCACCGUUCAAUCGAUGCCAAAUUUGGCGAGAUCACAUUAUCGGUAUGGAGUACUCAACAGGUGAAAUACCGCAAGGCUCAGCUGAAGACGAGUGCUCCUGCUGCUGCUCCGAUUCUAGGAGGACCGAUUCAUGAGAAGUCCAAGAAAAUGGGAGGUCAUUGCAUCAGUUAUGGACAGCCCGUGCCCAGCCUAGAAAAGGGGACGAAAAGCAGCGCAACCAAGCUCGAGACACACUACUGGGAGCGUGUCAAGUGCCUAGUGACCUUCAGUUUUAAGUAUCGGCCUCUCGCAUUAUUACAGGCGAACGGCAUCGCUCCCCUCCCGCCCGCCGUUGAACCUACCCCAGCAAGCUCAGAACGCAGCCCCGGACCCAGGGACCAUAGUGCCGAGGCCCACGCCGUUGACACAGGAGAAGUAGAUCUCCUGAGGCAACAACUUCAACUCAUUCAGAAGCGAUUGGACGAGAUAGAAAAACCUCGGAGUGUGAAGCGAGAAUCCGAUGCGGCCGAGCAGAAAGCACAUACAAGACGAAAGCGCGUCAAGACGGAGGGUCCGGCUCCAGUUUUUAUAUCAGGUGAAGUCAUUGACCUCACUUAA